UAUCUGAUCUUCAUAUAAAAACCUGACGAUUUUCGGCAUGGGUAUGAUAUGUAAAUCAUGUAACCUGUCCUGAUUUACUGGUACGCCCAUUAUCGUUAUUAUAUUUUUUCAGUAUGGCUGCUGAGACUGGCAGGAUGCAGGAUGUGUGCUGUGGAUGAAGUGAAGCUUGGGACGGUUUGGUAAAUAUGUCAGUGUCAGCUUUGGAGCCGGAUAUUGUAGUUGUGCUGUAAGGAUAAUUUCGUGUGUAAUUGUUCAUUCUCGCGUUUAUGGAGCUAUAAUUAGGCCCAGUGAUCGGAACCAAAGUGUCCAGUUCUCUUCCCCAGGUGUAGUGUCCAGAGUCCAGCUCUCUCCACCAGUCCACCUGAUGUAGUGUGUAGUGUCCAGCUGCUCCUCUGGCUCUGGUGUAGUGUCUAGUGUCCAGCUCUCUCUAACUGAUGUAGUGUGUAGUGUGUAGCUGUCCAGUGUCCAGUUCUCUCCACCUGUUAUGAUGUGUAGUGUGUAGUUUCCAGUUGCGCCUCUGGCUCUGGUGUAGUGUGUAGUGUCCAGUUGCGCCUCUGGCUCUGGUGAAGUAGGAGAUUUCUUCUAAUGUCGCUUCUAACACUCCGAGAAGAUGAUCGGAUCCCCAGAUGUGGUGGCAUUUACCAAAGAAGAUGAUUUUGGAGAUUCGUACACAGACCCGUGCUCGCUCCCAGAGGAGUUCUCUGUGCCUUUGUUUCCUCAUGCAAACGUCAAUCCGUGGUUAAAAACCUCCUAUGCAAAAUUCUCCAAGGAUUUCAUCCUUAUCUCUGAGUUCUCAGAGCAGGUGGGACCACAGCCAUUACUCACAAUUCCAGAUGAUCCAAAAGUGUGUGGGACGUUUGACCUCAAUUACUUCUCCCUGCGCAUCAUGUCUGUGGACUACCAGGCUUCGUUUGUGGGACAUCCACCAGGCACCAGCUACCCCAAGCUCAAUUUUGUCGAGGACUCCAAAGUCGUCCUCGGCGAUUCCAAGGAAGGGGCAUUUGCCUACGUGCAUCACCUGACCCUCUAUGACUUGGAGGCGCGCGGCUUCGUACGUCCUUUUUGCAUGGCUUAUAUUUCAGCAGACGAGCGAAAGAUCAUGCAGCAGUUCCAGCUGCUCUCGUCCGGCUUUUCCAGGGCUUCCGAGUGCUUAAAAUCAGGGAACAGAAAGGCCUUUGCAAAUGAAUUGGAAAAGAAACUGAGAGACCUGGAAUACACCAGAUCCGUCCUGCACAAAGAGACCGAGAUGCAGAAAACCAACAGCGGCUGUUACUCCACACAGGUUAUCGAGAAAGCUAAUGAACUGGCAAACGUAGAAAAAUCUAUUUACGAGCAUAAAGAUUUGCUGAGGCAGAUCACUUCAUAUCCUAACAGUAAAAGGGGAGACGCCGAUCAGGUGCAGUGCGAGCCGGAUCACGGAGCCGAGGCGAGCAAGGUUGACCACACGCUGUCUAAUCAUUCCGGACAUGAGGAGAAACAUGGGGGGACAGAUAGCGAGAGUCAGCACCCGUCUUACGUCCCCCAGCUUAUUAAAGCAAAAUCUGCUAAAUGUUUCGAUAAACGCUUAAAAACCCUGGAGGAACUCUGUGAAUCUGACUUUUUCCUUCAGACCAUGGACCAACUGAACGCAAUCGAGAAGAGCUUCAGAGGCGAUCUUUGCUUCAUUUACACCAGCCAGGUUGACCGAGCUCUCUUGAGGAACCAGAAGAUCACCAGUUUUCUUUUUGAGUCGGAACGAGACGACGACGAAGAAGACGAAGGCAGCUCCAGGAACUUUUAUGACCCAAACCUUACUGCACAUCACGCUUCGUCCAACUUCACCUGUGAGCCAGUGAGCCUGGACUCUUACGCCGAUGACGUGGAGAGAAGUCAAAAUAGGCUGGUUCUCGAAAUGGUGGAUGGACAUCUGGAGUCCAGUACCUCAGAUGUUACGCAGGAAACCUCGGAAGACGCCAAUGACACUGAAAUGAAAGGGAGUUUCAGCAGUGACCGGAGCGUCGAGGCGUUUAUAACUCUUAGUCCCGGAAAUCCCGAUGUUUUUUCAAAGAUGAGCACCAGCAGUGUGACUGGUCCUGUAACCUCCUCAUCUGAGGAACAAGGAAAUGUUCUGUCUGUCGCUGCUGCUGCUGGAAAGACGUCAUCGUUGCCAGAAUGUGAAUCAGAGCUGAAUCACGGCGACAUGUUUGAAACUGGAAAUCUAGUUCAAAUGGAUACGGCGUGUUGUAUGGGACAAGAUGGUUUCCUCUACGAGGAGCCUUUAGCUGAACCGGUAGAGGAAUGCUGCGAGGACACAGUGGUGAAGAGUGAGCCUCUGUCCCUGCUUCAGAGAGACCCUGCGCUACAAGCCGACUACAUCUUCAGAGAGUCUUUGCUGACUGUUCCGAGGCCCAGUAUGGGGUUGAUGCUUCCUGAACUCAACCCCAGCUCCGUGUCAGAGGAUAUGGUGAAAAUGAACGUGGAGGACACUUCUGACAACGCCAGUCACUUGAGCACCUCCACUAGCUCGGACAGAGCAGCCUCACCCUUCACCUACGGCAGUCCAGUCACGCUCAGGCAGAAGAAGAAGGCAGGCCACAGCGCACUGCGGUUCAUCAGGCAGUACCCAUUUGCUCAGCAAGCCAUUUUCUGCCUUCUGAGUGGAAGAACGCUGGUGGUUCUGGGAGCUGAUGAAGGCACUGUGAGGAAGCUGGUGAACGCCUUGCUGAUUUUCGUGCCCAAUCUCGGCAAGUAUGGAGAAAGCGUGCAGCCCUGGAUUUCCACCUCCUUUCAGCUGAGCGACCUUCAGCGAUGGAAACUCAUUGGAUUGCAGAGGGUGGGUUCUCCAGCAGGUUCCAGCUUGCUCCAUUCCCUGAGCCGCUACAGCCGAUAUAUCGGCAUCCUGGACUGCGACAACAAGACGCUCCGAUGCCCCGCCUACAAAGGAACGUUAAUGGGUCACAUGGCAGACCACAGGACGCAGAUCAAGCGAGGCAGCACCUACUAUCUCCACGUGCAGAGCAUAUUAACUCAGCUGACAGCGAAGGCCUUCCUUUACACUUUCUGCCAUCACCUUCACCUGCCCGUCAGCACAGACCAGGACGCCGACUCUGUGGUACAGCGCAGGACUAGUUUCUUGUUGCAGCUCGGCUACACCGAGGAGGAAAGUAAAAUAAUCCGCUUCUUCAGCGAGCUCAUCAAGCAACAUUACCUUCAGGGGCCUUUAAAAGGGGUCAGCCAGUCUUACUUCAGUUUCACUUAUACCACCAGCUAUUUGUAUAAAAUCUGAAUGUGCUCUUUGUUCAUAUAAGUUUCAUAUUUUUUCCUUUUCUGGCACCUCUGCUGAAAUCAGGAGACCAAGAAAAUUUGAAUGUAUUUGAUUCCAGUGUUUUUCUUUCUUUUACAAUUCGGUCAUUAGGUUCUGUGUGGUCAGUUGUCCUGAGUGUGGUUGUGAAUGUCUCUGAUGUUGUCUGAUGUCUAGUUCAACAAUGGACACAAAAAGUAUUUCCUGAACAGCCAGUCUAGAUCGAAAGUGAGGUCAGCUGACAAGAACCGACCGAUUGUUUUUGGACAGCGUUUGGAUUUGUGAAAUUUUUCUGAAAUGAAUCUUCUUCUAUUGUGAACAGAAUGUGAAAACGUAAGAUGGCAUUUAUGGCACAAUGGCAUUUAUGUUGUAAGAUUUUGCCGUAGACGUGCUCUUUAACCUCAUGUACUGAUUUCUCAUGUGAUUUAUAAACUAUUUCCAUGAAAAUCCAAGAUCUUAGUGCAGUAAAUAAUUCAUCUGUUCAUGACUUUCUGGUGGUCGAUGCUGUAAACUACUGACUCAAACGCUCGAUUCAGCGCCGUCCUGUUCAAAUAUGUCUCCUGUCUUUCUCUUUAUUCCACUGUACAACUACUGUUUUUUGCAAAAAUAAAUGAACACGAUUUUUGAGAACAGAUCAAAGUUUUAGCAGGAAAACUGCCAGAUUUUUUUUGUUUUAACCCUGCUUUAACAUCCUCCAGUUUAAAGAAAGUUCUGCAUGGGGAAAAAAAAAAUUGUUCAGUAGUGGAGAAGUGUUAGAUGACAUCCUGCAUGUUUGGAAAAAACGGCCAGGCGAAUGACAUGGCAGCACUCGUUUCUAUCUUACACACAGAUUUCGUUCAGUCUGGGGUACAGUGAUGAUUACGUUGUCUAAGUGUUGUGUGCAAAUAGUGCGAGCAUGAGUAACUUGAUGAAGUGGCUUUUUGUUUUGUUCUUUUUUUGUUUAAGAAACAAUCAUGGUGAGUUAAAAGGACAUGGUGAUGAUCGUUUCCCCUCCCAACACACACACACACACACACACACACACACACACCACUCAGUAUGUUAACAUCACCUUGACGCUAUGCUUACUGCUGCAUGAUGCUUUCUAAUGGCCACCGAUUUUCACUUGUAACUUAUCUUGCUUUCCAUUUGUAAUCUAUCAUCGCUAACCUCCGUGAAGACGAGUCUUAAAAAUAUCCUAUAUGUGACACGCAUUCUGAUGAAUGUUAAGAAGCCAUACCAUACUGUACAUUAUGUAUUUAAUUAUGUAAUGAUGCUUCUUAUUUUUGAUUUUUUUAACCACUUUCCUUUUACAUAAACUUUCUUUUUUUUCCCAAAUCAAAACUUGGAAGAUUGUUGCUCACUAGAGUACAUCGAACGUAUUGUGAUAUUUGUCUGGGGUGCAGUAAAAUGUUGUGUUUUUAUUUAAAAAAUUACGAUCUGUGAAUGUUUAAGUGAUUUUUUUCUCUCUAGGGCAUUAUUCAAGUAUGUUGAGUCAUUGCCCGCUAUGUUUUUCUGCCUUAAAGGUUCAUUAAAAUAUUACUAAUUUGA